AUGACCUCGAUACGCCAACAACAGCAACCAGCCUCGUCAUCGUACAACACCGGCGGGCCAUCCACCGCCAUCAACCCAUCCUCCUCCUCCUCCUCCUCCUCGUCCUCAUCCACCACCACCUCGGCGACGGCAGCAGCGGCAGCCAACGCCAAUGCCAGCGCCAGUGGCCCGUCGUCGCAGCACCCGCAGGUCUCGCUGCUCGGCACCGUCCCGCUCGUCCACCUCGCCGGGCUGCUCGCCCACGUCACCCGCCACCUCACCACCCUCCCGCCCCUCGACCUACUGGAACGCGAAACCCUCCUCGCACGCCACGACGACGUCGCGAGCUCGGUGCGCGAAAAGCACGACAAUGCCUGGGCUGCCGUCGUGCGCAGCCGCAGAGGUGUCCGGUUGAGAGUCAAGGAACGCCUGGGCCGCUACGACGUAGGCGUCGACAACGAGGCAGAACACGAGGUAGAGUGCCAACUCGCCCUGCCCCUCCCACCCCUGCCGGAACGCCAAUACCCCCGCGUCACCGUACGACCCGCCGUCAACGUCCAGGUCCUCGCGCAACCGACCUCGUCUCGGCUCCACAGCUCAUCCAAGGACAGAACGCGGACCACCUCGACCUCGUCGUUCUCCACGCCCUUCCUCCCUCUCCCCCCGUCCUGCCUCGACACCGACGCGACAACGGGCUGGAGGACCCUCACCUCGGCGCUGGGCUGGACGCCCUCCUUUUCCUUUAUCCGGUACGGCCUCGAAUUCAUCCUCGACGACCAGUCGGCACGCGCACGCACCGACAGCGGCGGCGGUGGCUCCUCCAACCCGCUCCAGCCGACGACGGAUACGCUGCACAUCCUGCGCAUCUACCGCAUCUUUCGACCCGACCCCACCGGAUACCUGCACGGCGACGACGACGACGACGAAGAGGCAGAGUGGGUCCCGCUCGACCCAGACGGCCACACUGUCGUCAUCGAACUCACCUCGACCGUUGGGGGAAAGCUGGACGCGACCCACUUUACCCAUGCCUCCGUCCUCGCCUCGACGCCCUCGACGGGGCAGGGCAGGUCGGGCGCCAAUGCAGCAGCGACGGCGGUGGCGGGUGCACUGGACAAGGACACCAGCCUGGAAGACGCCAUCGCCCACAUCGAGGCCGUCGCCAAGUCGCUGCGGGGCUUUGUCGACCUCAAGCGGGAAAAGGUGGAUUUCUGA